AUGAAUGUCAUCAUAAAAUUCUAUUACCCAGACCAAACCAUGGGCAAAGAAGCAAUGAUAGACAUGGAAGCAGAAAAUCAAAUCAAGCUGGCCAGCAUGUUCAUGUGGCAACAGCAGAAAGAAAACUGGGAAGGGAACCGGUCGCGGUCGGACCAGAGAGGGGCCGAGUCUCUGGUGGAGUCCGGAGGAGCUGUGACACUGGCCGGGGAGUCUCUCCAUCUCUCCUGCGCAGCCUCUGGAUUCACCUUCCAGGACUACCACAUGGGCUGGUAUCGUCAGGCUCCUGGGAAGGAGCCGGAAUGGGUCUCCCACAUUGACCCCUCUGGGAAAAACUCGCAGUUUGCAAAAGCAGUCAAGGGCCGCUUCUCCAUCUCUAGAAAAAAUGACGAAGGCCUGCUGUACCUGUUGCUGAACAGUCUGCAAGCCGGAGAUAGUGGCCGGUAUUACUGUGUGAGACUCACAGUGCCUGUCUCAGGCAGCCUCAGAGCACAGGCUGGGGUAGGGUUUUUGUUAAGUCACAUAUCACUGGGACAGGGGAAAGACAAUGUUGCAAAGCUAGCUUUCGGCAGUGGAACAGAAGUUACAGUGGAACCAAGAGUUCGAGCUGAAUCCCAGCCCACAGUCUUGGUCCUGAGGAACCAGAGUUUCGCCGCUUGCCUGGUGAAGGAUUUCUACCCCAAGGAGCUGAAGCUGACUCUGUCUGCGCCCCACCCGCCACUCACAGAGCCUAUCCAGGCCACGGCCCUCACCGCUCAGGGAACCUACAGUGCUGUCGGGAUCGGACAGUUCAGCGAGGAAGAUACGGUGACCUGCUUUGUGCGGCACAGCUCUGUGCAGAUGAAUGUGACUGAAAAGCAGGACAAAGCCCCAGCACAACCCAGUGCAGAAAAGUCCAGGCAGUCUGACCCUGCUGACCAAGAAAGAAGUUCUACAGCACAUCCCGGUUCAGAAAAUCCUAAAGAAUCUGUCCUCACCUGUUCAGAACAGAGCUUCACAGGAGACCGUGAGUGGGGCAACACGCUGUCCAUUGUCAUUCUGGCUCUCAGAGUCCUGCUCGUGAAAAGCGUCGCACUCAACCUUCUUCUGACAGUCCAGGCCUCUUGCCGCUGAGGCUGUUGGAGCUUCCUGUCUGGGACAACACCACCUGCCAUCUUUUGUUUCCACUGACUCUGAAUCAUUUCCCUCCCCUUUGUCUGGAACAAAGAUCUGUUGCUGACUCA